AUGUGUGUCUCUGUGUUGUGGGUGCUUCCUCCGUUUCAGACGUUUUUCUAUGUCUCUUCUUUCUCUCUCUCUCUCUCUCUCUGUUCCUCGCUGCACCCUCGCAACACACGUGCACGCGUACACCCCUACUUGCACCUAUUCCACUGCGCACGUGCAGGAAAGAUGGCUUGCCCACGUGUGCAGUACCGCCGCCGCAUGCACUACGCGACGCGCGGCAACCGCAUGAAGCUCGUGCGCACCCCCGGCAACCGCCUUGUGCUGCAGAAGCGCGGCAAGCGCUCGCAGGGGCCCCACACGCCGUGGGUGCUUGGCCACAAGCGCCUUGCCGGCACGAAGGCCCUGCGCCACACA